CAUGUCUGAAACAACCCCAUUGCUCGAGAACAGUCCGACCAUCACAGCAUACUCUGAUGGGUCUGCAACUGAGUACACACCCUCAUCCGCGUCUUCUCGUACAUGGAUUCCUCAAGCACGGUCUGAUCGUACCCUAGUUUUAUGCUUUGACGGUACCGGCGAUCAAUUUGACCAAGAUAACUCGAACAUCGUCCAGUUUCUGGCUAUGCUCAGGAAAGAUGAUACCUCGAAGCAGCUUGUCUAUUACCAGGCUGGGAUCGGGACGUACACCAACCCCGUUCUGGUCACUCCUGUUAUCUCACAAGUAUCGGAAACUCUGGACGAAAUGUUCGCAUGGAACUUGAGUGCGCAUGUCAAAGGCGGGUAUGAAUUCUUGAUGCAAAAUUAUGCUGCCGGUGAUAAGAUCUGUAUCUUUGGCUUCUCCCGCGGAGCUUACACAGCUCGUGCACUCGCCGGGAUGCUCCAAAAAGUUGGAUUAUUACCGGUCUGCAAUCAUCAACAGCUUCCUUUCGCCUACACGAUGUACGCGCGUGACGAUGAGGAAGGCUUGAAGCUCAGCGUCAUGUUCAAGAGGACAUUCUCUAUUGACGUGAAGAUCGAAUUUCUCGGAGUUUGGGAUACCGUAGCAUCUGUGGGGCUUGUGCCUCGCUCCCUUCCCUUUGUCGGAACGAACAGUGCGAUCCGCUUUUUCCGACAUGCCCUUUCCCUAGAUGAGCGCCGUGCGAAAUUCAUGCCGAGUUUCUAUAUCCAAUCCGCCGAAAAUGUACACUUGACGGCUUCUCCUCGUCCUGCCCCUGUUCGUAGGCAAACGAGUCAGAUCAAGGCCUAUGAGGAUGAGGAAAACGCGAAGAGUGGAUUCACUACGGAUGUGCUAGAGGUGUGGUUCGCUGGGGUUCACUGUGACGUCGGAGGCGGUUCCGUUCGCAAUGGUGAACGUCAUAGCCUUGCCCGCAUCCCGCUUCGUUGGAUGAUACGCGAAUGUUUCGAGGCCAAAACAGGCAUCAUUUUUGAUGCUCACAUGCUUCAAAAUGAGGUCGGUAUGAAUGUGGAUUUUGACAAAAUGUCGCUCAAACCUCUGCCUCCACGAUUGUCUCCUCGGCCUGAGCUCAAGACCCAGCACAUCCAGCCCAACGACGACAUCCCGUCGUUCUUCUCGUCGCUCUGGAAAUUCGUCUGGAGUGCCGUGUCUUUCCCAUUCAUCCUCCUAACCAGCCUCAUCACAGGCGGAAGGAAACCCUCAAUCAAUCUAGAGCCCAGACUAAGGAGCCCAUUCCUUGAUGAGGAUGUCGAGGAGUUGCAGGAUGCUUUGAGUCCAAUAUAUGACCAGCUCCCACGCCAGUGGUACUGGCGUGUACUCGAGUGGAUACCCUUGCAUGUCAAGAAGCAGAAGGCCCUCGUCGCUCAGACGGACAAUGAAAAUGACUACGUCUGGACCAUCAACAAAGGCAGAGGUCGGAAGGUAUUCCGACACGUUAUGGACCGACAACUCAAGAUCCACCGAUCCGUGAAGACGAGAUUGGAAGCUCUGGACGCGGCCGGGAAAGCAGGGACGUAUAUUCCCCAGAUCCGUCCUAAACUCACACAUGAGCCUGCGCGGAGAAUGACACAUCAAGAUUGGAAUGUCAAUGAGUCUACAUGGUUCAAGUGGUGGGACUAGAUGGACGUAUCGUUCAGUCUGAAGCGCGGGGAACUUAGUGGCUUUACUACGGCGACUGUCCGAGACUCACUUACGAUUCUGUACACAUCUCGUGAUUGAUCAACGACGUCAUUGUGCUUGUUUCGACGUCAGCGGCACUGCAAAUGUGUCGAUCAGAAUCAUUGCAUGGAUUAUUCCCCUUGGC